AUGCCUUCUGCAUUUCCUCAAGCCGGCAUGGGUAAACUCAUGUGGUCAACUGGGGAGAUACCCUACAUGGAUACCCUACGUUGCCCAUGUAAAGCCGCUGCCCCUAUAGCAGGGACCGUCGACAGUAAUUCCAUCGAUCUUCCUCUAAUGAGUUCCAACCCGGACUCGUCAGCCCGAGCAUCUCCUGUGUCAAAUGGUGGAACAAAAGCCGGAACGAAAGCCGGAUCUCGAGAAUGCAGCGCCUGUUCCAGGCCAUGUAAACCAAGUGGUGAAGCAUACCACGCUACUCCCAUCGAAUGCGACUGGGCUGACUGCACGUACACUGGUACCUUUUCCUGCAAAGCCGAGCUGAAACGACAUGUCGAGACGCAGCAUAUCUAUCCGGGCUCACACGAGUGUCCAGAGCCAAAAUGCGACAGGGCGUUUAAACGCAGAGAUAACCUGAAAGAGCAUGUGCGUCGAGCACAGUAUUGA